GGUAGCUCGAGCUCGUCCGUGUGUAUGAGCGAUGUGCGUAUAGGUGACACACUGCCAAGCUACUACACGGUAUAUGACUUAUUAUAAGUUUCAGUAUUAUCGUUGAGAACAGAUCGUAAUCACGGGCAUCAUCAACACCAUGUCUGUGCUUUACGAGUACGCUAGAACCUCGGCGGCGGUUUGUUUCAAAGACCAUCAGUUGCAAAAAAUGCAGCGCCAACAUCAUCAUCAUCAGCAGCAGCAGCAGCAGCAGCAGCAACAACAACAACAACAACAACACGAGCUCCAGAGAAAACACUCGAUCAUCAGAGACACCGACUUACCCAAAGGAUACAAUAAGGCGAAGCGACUGUCGCUCGGCGUCGGAGGUGCAUUGGUGGAGCUGCCGCUGGAGCGUCCGGGCUGGGCCAAUCCGAUCGAGUUCGUCCUGUCGUGCGUCGGCUAUGCCGUCGGAAUCGGCAACGUCUGGCGAUUUCCCUUUCUCGUCUUUCGCAACGGAGGAGGUGCUUUUUUGAUACCGUUCACGAUUAUGCUGCUCGCCAUGGGACUGCCAAUUUUUUUCCUCGAGCUCAUCGUCGGCCAAUACUCGAGGGUAGGCCCGACCAAGGCUUACGCCAGGAUGGGCCCGAUUUUCAAGGGCCUCGGUUACUCGACCAUCGUCGUCAUAAGUCUCGUCAAUAUUUACUACAUGGUCAUUGCCUCGUGGACGUUAUUUUACACGUUUGCCGCCUUCGCGAGCAAACUCUCCUGGGCUUACUGCGACAACGAAUUCAAUUCAAUUAAUUGUUACAGCGGUCUACAAGAAGCCGAAUGCCAACAAAAUCUCGGCCCGAGUUAUCUAUUUUACAAUCGUACCUGCGUCCUGAUGGAUAAUAUUUGCCAGGAUUUCGGCUAUACGAGCCGUCCCGGAAAUAUGACGCACUGCUUCGACGAGACAGCGAGUCCCAUCGGGUCUCAUCUAGUGCGAAAUCUCUACGAACGAAUACUCUCGUCCGAGGAGUACUUCAACGAUUACGUUCUAGGUAUACGAGGAGCUACCUGGGAGCACUGGGGCGGUCUGCGCUGGGAGCUGCUCGGCUGCCUCACCCUCUGCUGGAUAGUUUGUUAUUUCUGCCUUCGCAAGGGUAUACAUUCUAUAGGCAAGGUUGUCUAUUUCACUGCCAUUUUUCCUUACAUUGUACUAGUGGCUCUUAUGAUCAGAGGUGCAACUCUGGAAGGCUCUUUGGACGGCAUAAUGUGGUUUAUCACACCGAACUGGUCAUCGCUGACCGAUGCAGGAGUCUGGGCUGACGCUGCAUCCCAAGUCUUUUAUUCUCUAGGCAUUGGCUGCGGUUCUCUCGUGACUUUAGCGAGCUACAGCUCGUUCGGAAACAACUGCCACAGGGACGCGAUAUUUGUGACGCUGACGAACUUGCUGACCUCGGUGUUCGCGGGACUCGUGACGUUCUCGGUCAUGGGCUUCCUGGCCAAGCAGAUGGGCCUGGAGGUCGAGGAGGUGGUGCGCAGUGGAACGGGCCUGGCUUUCAUCGUCUUUCCCGAGGCCGUCGUUCGCAUGCCCCUGCCGAACAUCUGGGCUUUUUCCUUCUUUUUCAUGCUCUUCAUUCUGGGCCUCGGUAGUCAGUUUGCCGGCGUGCAAGCGCUCAGCAGCGCAGUUUUGGAUUUUCGGCCGCAGUAUCGCUGCCACGAGUCGAGAGUCUAUCUCGUCAUUUGCGUGCUCUGCUGGCUUUUGGCUAUACCGAUGGUCUUCGACGGCGGCAUCUACCUCUUCACCCUCAUGGACUGGAACAGCGCCAGUUGGGCCGUGCUGCUGAUCGGCUUCGUCGAGCUGACUCUUCCCGCCUGGGCUUACGGAUGCAACAGGCUAAUUGAAAACUUGGACGAAAUGAACAUGAGCUUUGGACCGUUUCUCAGGGCUUACUGGAAAUUCAGCUGGGCCGUUCUCGCCCCAGCUUCUGCCUUGGGGGUUUUCGCUUAUCAGAUGUACACUUACCGAAUGGCCAGCUACGGCGACUACAGAUUCCCUUUCUGGGCCGAGAUGAUCGGUAUUUUAAUCGGCUUAUCGACCCUAGCGCCAAUACCGAUUGGCGUAUGCCAUAGGCUGCGUUCCGCACCGAGAAACUGGAGCAGUUUGUUCGGGCCGACGGCGUCUUGGGGUCCGACGAAGAAGCUGCAGCUGAAGCAAGUAGUUGCGACCGUCUACCAGCCGGAGCAGCCAGACUCCGACAAACUUGCUGCGAGCAGCGUAGCCAAUGCCGGCAGCGUCGCAGCCGUCUCUAAUCCAGCUUUUUCGCAGGAUUCGCAAGUUUGAAAACGGGAGUGAGUCGGUGAGCGAGAGAGGGCGAGAAACGGUGACAGGGAGCUUGUAUAAUGAAAAGCGACGGUCCAACUCACUCGCACUAGCUCGAGCCAGAGCCUUUCUCGAGGCUCCAGACUAUAUAAUACAUACAUAUAGUUAUAUAUACGUAUGACUGAGAGGGGAUGAAAACUCGCGAAAUUUGCAUCGAUGUUCCAUUGCAGCCUGUGAGAAUAUUUGCGCUCGCAAGGAAGGCUUUGAUUAAAUGCUAAUGGAAUAAUUCGAUUUCUCUUUCUGCCUCACCCUCUCACUCGCUCUCUCUCUUGCUCUCUCUCUCCAAGCUAGCUCUCAAGUGCGCCAGCUUUGUGUAUACUGUAUUUCGAAUAGGUUUGACAUACAUUGUGAAUAUUUACUGUAAUGACGAAUCGGGUUUCCGAUUCAGACACACGCUGUAUAUUUUGUUAUAUUAUACUUUUAUUUGUACGUGGUAGACAUGUACGUAUAC